AUCUGUGCGUUUAAAAAACAAGACCCAAUUAAGUUUGAGCUAUAUCGUCUCAAAGUUUCCUCGGGUAAUCUGGCACUUUUCAGCAUGGUUGAAUGGUAAAUAAUUUGACACUUGCAUAGUAAUCAAUACCGAAAGUUCAAUGGAGCUUAUCAGUGGAAAUAAGUUUUAAUCCGAUCUUGUAUUCGGUUGUGUUCGUAAAACUGGAAGAAUGUAAGGAAGGGGGAGAGGGAAAAAGAAAAGUUUACAAUGUUGAAGGGUCCAGGACCAAGUCCCUAUGUGAAAUACGGACAGGGAAAAACUGCGUGUACAAUUUUAACGGAAGAUGGAUGUAUUUAUCCUGUGAUUUCUUCAUUGCCUUAUAAUGAUAGGACUAAAACUGCCCCCUAUCAAUAUGGCAGGGGGGUACGUGCAAUGCACAAAUCUACAUUGACACUUACAAAACCCCCGUACUCACCUGUAGAGGAAUUCAAGACUACUACAAAACAGUAUUAUAGCGGGAGUAAGAAGUUGAAUCCUGUCCGGAGACCCCCGCUGUGUCCCUCUAUGCACAGAUCGCAGUGGACCAUUGGUCAGAACAUGCAGGACACAACAUUUGAUACUCAGUAUGCCAAGACAUAUUUCGAAAAGGACAUUAUACCCUUACAGAGGGAGAAGUUCUUAAACCAACAGAAUGCGAAUCGUCUUCAUCUGACAUCUCUGGUCAAUCGGAUUGACCAGACGGAGGGCAAGGACAUGCGAAAUACAGUGCACACUGAUCCAAAUGCCCCCACCUACUGGUCACAGUACAACCGCAUACACGGAAAACUAGGUCAAAUGAUUGGGCCAGGAGUUGAAAGAGAAAUACCUGUGCGACAGAAGUAUAAUAUAUUCACAGGUGAAGAAAUUGGCCCUGCAUGGAAGCCCGAUAACAAACGAAUCUCCGGUAACCGAGUGCUAAUGAAUUCAAGAAUGAAUAAUGAUUGGUAUCAGCAGGACUAGUUAACAAUUACUUUAAUUUUCAUUUAUUUAUUUAUGCUACAUGUACAGUGUAUAUUUUACAAGUCACUAUUUUUGGGAAUCGAUAUACUGAUUACUUUUUCACAUCUAUCAGAAGCUAAGACCAUUUGGAGUCAUAUUAUGUACGAUGUAAACUGAAUUUACUUUUCUGAUAUGUGAAAAUUUUCUAUUAAAAUAUUCAUUCAUUUUAAAUUUCCAUUGUAUUCAUGCUAAUAAAUUAACGGCAAUUUGUUCAAAGUUA